GUCGAAGCGGAGCACUGGGCUUUGCGAAAGGCGCAUCGGUCGUGCGAAGACCAACUCCAUGCGAAAGUACGUCAACGGGGCGCUAGGUUUGCCAACGGUAGACACAGCCACAAACCGAAAAGACCUUUACGAUCAGCGCUCGCGGGUUGGAGAUGAUCUCGAAAGGCAUCGGCUGUGUGACGAGCAGGAGGCGAAGCUGCGUGGUGAAAUAGAUGAACAAGAAGUAGUAGAAACAGCAACUAAGAGAAGGUAUGUGGCGCCGCGUGAUAUCGAUAUCCAAAUGUCAACAAUGGCCAAAAUGGAGGAGUACAAGAAUCUCCCGCCUCAAGAUCGCAUGAAGACGAUCAUGACGAAAAUUGGCCUGGGGAAGGGGCCAGUAGUGACGGAGAGCAUGCGCCUAAACUACAAAGUGGAGGAGGUGGAGCUCGACUCUGAGGAGGAGGAUGAAGAAACUUUGCAAAGGCCAUUCCGCUCGAAAUAUGCGUGCGAAGUGGCGCUCGCAUUCUAUGACACGACUCAGGAGUGUGUUCUGAAGCGUAUCAGCAACAGGGAGCACACCUACAAGAUGGGCCCUCUUCUGCUUGGCGCUGAGUGUGACAGGGCGCAACAUCUUGUGACGCGCAGCGUCCCGGCAGUGACGUUUCAUGUGGAGAAAGUGGGAAUCUGUUAUCGUGUUGGCCGUCUUUUGUAUGCGGUGAAAGAGCGUGAGAAGGUAGUAGAGAAGGGCGACAUCUUCGAAGACUUGAUUGGCGAUCUUGACCCUGCUGUGUUGGAUCUUGCCAAAAUUGGCGUUGGCGCAGAAGUGGACAAUGAUCAAGAUGUUGACGGUGAUCGCGCUGCCCUCGAAGCACGAAAAGCUCAGGACAUUGAAGCGCCUCUCGCUGCUUUGAAGAACGGAGUAGUGAUUAAGCUCAAGCGCAAAAACGGCGGACCUAGCGGGGUAUUCAUGGUGGUAGGAAUCGAUAUGGGGAGCUAUCAUUUUCGUGCUAUCGAGUUGAUGGAGGUGAACUCGAGCGAGAGGAUGACGAAGUACCAGUACGGUGAGCGGAUCAUAACAACUUCCAAUCCGCCAGUGAAUGAGUUCGACUGCUCCGAUUGCUCCAUCCACCUUGUCUUCGACGAUUCCAGCGCAACCCUGGGCCUUAUACUAGUCGUCAUCAAUGAGGAGAUGCCACGCAUCCAAAAACCGCCACCCCCGCAGAAACCGGCAGUGUUGCCCGCUGAGGCAGCUUUCAAGUCCAAGCUGGAGAGACGACUCUUGGAGGCAAAGGCGCUCAAACAGAUGGACUUCCUCGCCGGUGGGGACUCAAUAGCACCACAGCAGAGCAUCAAGACGAAAGUUACUAAACCAGCAGAGCCGAAGAUUCCGCGCCCGCCUGCGUUGAAGCAGCCGGCAACUAGUGCUAAGGCGUCAUCUUCUACAGAUACGCAGGUGAUUGAGCCGCUGAGUAGCGUGGAACUGAAGAAGCACCAGGAAGAGAAAGUAGCACAGACCAUGAAAAUUGGAGCCAGGCUAACAGUGGAAGGCUUCUCCAUAGCCUUGGAUGGGAGCACCACGACGCAGCGUGUUUCGAAGCGUGCGUAUGAUAGGAUGCGCGUGCGCAUCACAGACCGGGAGUUGAAGAAGCUGUUUCUCGAGUGCCAAAAACAUCCCGCAGUAGAUCUUCUAGCAGGUGGAACGAAGGAGGCGAGGCGCUACUUUAGUUUCAAGCAAGACGAGGAGGAAUUCGGGGAAGCUAUUUCGCUCUUGUGGUCCUCCAGAACGAGAUUCAUUCUAGACCAUAUUCGUACUUAUCUGAAGAAUGGCCUUCAUAAAAAUGGCGACAUCUACAAGUCUCGACUGGAUUUUGCAUCUUCUGUGCGACCUGCUGUUGUCUUGUGUCAGAAGAUAGCAGGAGAUGCCCCCGAAAAAAAGAAACUGAUCGACAAGUGCAAGACCCUCCCCGACACCCUCCUGCAAAUCUUAGAUCAUGUGAACAUCAUCCCGCCGCUUGACCAGCUGGAGUAGUUUUGUCCCUUGAAG